AUGGGAAAAGACAUUAUUUAUUUUCAUGACAUCAAAGAGGAUGAAACGAAGACAGAGCAACCCACCACUUGUCUUCGUUUUGCUACAGGAAUUUACAGUAUUUUGAGCUUGGUAUUUGCAGUUUUUAUUCUUGUUGCUGAACUCAUAUUUCUUUUUGCACUUCAUAACUCUGGCAAAUACGGAGGAAGCAGUUUCUUUAUGGUGGUGAUUACAUGCCUUACUGCCUGCUUAGCAGUUGCAUCUAUUCUGGGAAUUGUUGGAGCUAUUUCAGCCAAUCGAAAAAUUCUCAUUUGGUUCGUCUCUUUCUUAAUCGCAUUCUUAACAGCGGGAGCCGUGAUAGGAAUCUUUCUACUAGCUAAACCUGAUGCUGCCUUCCCAUAUGCGGAGCAAUCUUUCCAAAACUACAUAGAAAUAGCUGAUAAAGACGGUGACGAUGCUUAUACAAUGUCCGUGAUGUCUCCCAUGAGAGACCUUCAGCACAAGUGGGAAUGCUGUGGAUUUAAUAGCCCCAAUGACUUCAAAUAUCCAAAAAAGACCUGUUGCUACCUAGGAAGGAAAUGCAAUGCCACUAAGUUAGAAGGAUGUAAACAACGGAUUCUGAAAGUAGUGAAACUUUUAAGUCAAAUUAUUGGAACGAUUGAUCUAGCAAUCCUGGUCACUCCAAUAAUUUUUGUGAUCUGCACAAUUAUCCUGAUUAAAAGGCUGAAUGGUAAAAUGCUUCAUAUUAACAACGGCGAGUCUACGCGUCCAUAUUACCCAAAUUAA